UGGGGAGUUGGAGGUAGUGGGAAGCUAUGAAAGGGAUGAUCACUUUGGCUGAUCUUAUAAGCAUGCCUAUUCCCAGGCCCAGCAGUACUCUUCUUCUUCUUCUUCAACUCAUCAAGUAUUUGAUUAAUGGGGUUGCCUGAAGCAACUCCAAGCCCACCUCACUUGUAUCCCCAGACAAUUCAGCUCAUAAAACUCUACCAGGCUUUCAUAUUCUCAAUCCCAAUUCUCUUCUCUAUCAUAGUGUUCCUUUUGCUUUACUUGUUCUAUCUUAAGAGGAGGAUUUCCAUUGCCUCAACACUUCCCACAACUUUUGCUAAUCAGACUCCCAUGGUAAUUUACUCAUCUUCUCCCCUUUAUUUCUUGACUGGAUAUUCACAAUUCAAUUUAUAUAAGAAAAACUCCUCUUGGCUUGACUGUAGAAUGAAGGAGGUUUUGAUGGGAUAGUCCAAAAUUUCAAACUCCCUGUCAUAGCCUUUGGUGAAGAUUCCACAAUGGAAGAAUCACAAUGCUGUUGCAUUUGUUUGGGAGAAUACGAGAUGGAGGAUGAAUUGCAGCAGCUCCCACCCUGCAAACACAUAUUUCACUCUCAUUGUAUAUCCCACUGGCUUCGUUCCAACUCUACUUGCCCUAUCUGCAGAUGCCCCGUCUUUACCAGCUCCGGCAAGCUCCCGUCGCCAACAUAUUCUGCACCUGUCCAUUAGUUCCACCGCCAGCACGCAACACUUUCAUUUUAAACCCUAACAUCCACAAUGAAUAAUUGUCUAUAAUACGAAGUAUAUAUCUCCUCAUUUGAUUUUGACAUUUUUAGGGACUUAGGCCAUACUUGGAUGUCAUGACUUCUGGAGUUACUCUUGACUAGGGAUGGACUCGGUUCGGGCCGCCCAGCCUGGAACCGGCCCGGGAAACUGGUUUUGGACUUAGGCCCGGCCCGGGGGUUAGCUGUUCCGGGCCUUGAAAAAGGCAAACCGGCCCGGCAAGCUUUCUGGGAUUUGGGGUUGGGCCCGGGACCGGCCCAGGUAUCCACCGGGGCCGGGCCGGGUCAAAAGUAAUUUUUUUGGGCUUUCCUAACUACCCCUGACCCCCCUCACCCCCACCCCCCCAAACCCCCCCAAAACACCCAGCCCAACCCGUUAGAAUAAAAAAAAUGAAAAAACAAAAAAAAAUGAUUUGGGCCCGAACCGGGCCCGGGCCGGGUCUCAAAUAGGCCUACCCGUGCCCGGUACCGUUUUCCCCUCGGGCCGGGUCAAAGCCUGGUACCCGGACCGCUGACCGGGCCGGUCCACGGGCCGAGUGGCCCGACCCGAGUCCCCCACUAGGC